AAUGGAGGGAACCCGAAAUUCAAACCAAACCCGAGCUCCGCCCUCUCGCCCUUUCCAGAAUCUGAAAUGACGCCGGAAAAUCUCCUUCAUCUCCUUCAAACCACUCGAAAGUGCACUUUUGGAUGUCCGAUCAUCGACCGCUCCGUCGGCGGCGGCGUCGCUUGCAACUCCCUCACCGAGAUCGUCGCCGAGAGCGGCUGUGGUAAAACCCAACUCUGUCUCCAACUCUGCCACUGCGCGCAGCUCCCCCUUUCCCUCGGCGGCCUCAAUGCCUCCUCUCUCUACAUCCACACCGAGUUCCCUUUCCCCUUCCGCCGCCUUCAACAACUCUCCCAAGCCUUUUCCUCUUCAUACCCCCAAUUUCCCAAUCCCUCCGAUCACAUAUUUGUUGAACCUGUUCACUCUGCACAACAACUGUUCGACAUAAUGCCUAAGAUAGAAUCCUUUCUUGCAAAUCGUGAUUCCCCUUUGCCCACCAGGCUAAUUGUGAUCGAUUCGAUCGCAGCAUUGUUUCGGUCCGAUUUCGAUAACACCCCGUCUGAUCUCAAGCGGAGAUCGGCUCUGUUCUUCAAGAUUUCUGGGAAGUUGAAGCUGUUGGCUAAGAGGUAUUCUUUGGCUGUGGUGUUGACAAAUCAGGUAGUUGAUUUGUUGGAUUCUUCUGAUGGUAUAAGUGCAUUGAGAAUUGGGAAUUUGAAGUCUCUAUGUUCAUCGGGACGACGAGUUUGCCCCGCGUUAGGGAUCACUUGGGCUAAUUGUGUUAAUUCGAGAUUGUUUUUGUCAAGAAAUGAGGAAGUUGUUGGAGAAGGUGAUGGGGUGGUGAAUGGUGGUGAAUUAGCACAAAGAAGAACAAGAAGAUGGCUUCAUGUUGUUUUUGCACCUCACUUACCUAAAUCAUCUUGUGAGUAUGUAAUCAAUAGACAAGGAGUUGUGGGAGUUGAAAGCCAAUGACCUCUUCCUUUCCUCCUUUCAACUUGAUGGAAAGCUAGUUUUGUAUGAUCCAUGUUUUGAUUGUGUAAAGUGAUUGAGUUAUAAAAAUUUAGAUUUCUUUUCUAUUUGUUAUUUGUUAUUUGUAAGUUGGAGAGAGUACUAAGACAAUGUAAGGGUCCUCGCCUAUUAAAGAACAAAUAUUGUUCUUUUCCUUUUAGGCUCUAAAAAAGGGUGUUUUGUUCUAGGAAAAGGUUUUCGCACUUGAAAACACCCUUACUCCAACCAAUGUGAGAUUCUCACAAUCCACACCCCUUUGGAUCCUGCGCUUGCUGACUCACGUUCCUUUCUCCAAUUGAUGUGGGACCCCCCACCAAAUCUACCCCCUUCGGAACCCAGCUUCCUUACUGACACACUGCCUCGUGCCUACCCUCCUUCGA